AAGAAAGAUAUAUGCGUGUCACUGCAAGUAUAUAACAAGCCCCCCUCCCCCCUCUACAUUCAUCCAUCGCAAAGUCUCUCAGUUUGAAGGUCUUAAUCUUUCAUACAACCCUCUCAGUUUUCCACAAGAAACUAAAUGGAUCGGUCCAUGAAGGUCUUUGUGGUCGUCUUCCUGCUUCUUGUGGCCACAGAGUUCCAGGGAGCAGUGCAGGUAGCUUUGGCGAGGGAGUGUAGGUCACAGAGCAAACAGUUUGUGGGGCUGUGCGUGAGCGACACCAACUGCGCAAGUGUUUGCCUGACCGAGCAUUUCCCAGGAGGCAAGUGCGACGGCUAUCGGCGUUGUUUCUGCACCAAGGACUGCUAGAUGGCCCCGUUUUCUUCUUGCAUUCAUGCUUCCAUGUAAUAAUAACUGAAUAAUACUAGAUCUGAAUCUAUGCAUGUAUGAUGCAUAUCCGAGUGCUACUCCUAGAAGUACAUGCACAUCAUAUAAUCCGAACAAAGUUUCAGCGGGGAACCAGUUCAAGUUGAAUAAUCCAACACUCCGGAACUGGAGCUGCUACUGUUUUCGGGGUUGAAA